UGUUGAACGGCAUUGUGGUCUUGAUCCGCCCCCACUUGAAUUUCAAGAAGUGUCAUUCAUUAGAGAUGUAAAACUUGUUUCCCAUGUAUUUGUGGUUACGUGUAAGUUGGUGAAUUGCAGACCCAUCGAUAAGACUUACCAAACUACUUCAGGCAGCUUCAGUGUGACUGAACUGGCGUUGGUUACAAGGGUGUUAGCCUCUUUCAACUGUGGUUCUCACACCAGACCCCUUGCUCAGCGGCGUCUUUCUUGUUUAAUGCACCACUGACCUCCCCUACUGUGGACCCACAAUGAAGGCUCUGAUUCUGGUCGGUGGUUAUGGUACACGAUUACGACCUCUAACCUUAAGUGCGCCCAAACCUUUGGUGGAAUUUUGCAACAAGCCUAUUCUCCUGCAUCAGGUGGAAGCACUUGUGAAGGCUGGAGUUAGCCAUGUCAUUCUUGCUGUCAGCUACAUGUCUGAGUUGCUGGAGAGAGAGAUGAGAGCGCAAGAAGAGAGGCUUGGUAUUCAGAUUUCUCUAUCACAUGAGAAGGAGCCUCUGGGAACAGCUGGGCCUCUGGCCUUGGCAAGAGAGCUGCUUUCAGACAGCGAGGAGCCUUUCUUCGUACUCAAUAGUGACGUUAUUUGUGACUUCCCGUUUGAGGACAUGUUGAAGUUCCACAAGCAUCACGGCAAAGAGGGCACCAUUGUGGUGACUAAGGUGGAAGAACCAUCAAAAUAUGGAGUUGUAAUAUAUGAAGCAGAGACGGGAAGCAUUCACCGGUUUGUGGAGAAGCCACAGGUUUUUGUUUCAAACAAGAUCAAUGCUGGGAUGUACAUUUUCACCCCCUCUAUGCUUCAGAGGAUCCAGUUAAGGCCGACUUCAAUAGAGAAGGAAAUCUUUCCUGUGAUGGCAGAGCAGGGACAUCUAUACGCCAUGGAACUCCAGGGCUUCUGGAUGGACAUCGGCCAGCCCAAGGACUUCUUGACGGGCAUGUGUAUGUAUCUGCAGUCCGUUAGGCAGCAGGCCCCAGAGAGACUGCGCACUGGACCUGGAUUCCAUGGCAACGUUCUUGUGGAUCCAACGGCAGUGAUUGGGGAGAACUGCAGUAUCGGACCCAAUGUGACUCUGGGGGCCGGUGUGGUGGUUGAGGACGGCGUGCGCAUUAAGCGCUGCACGGUGCUGAAGGGGGCCCGCGUGCGCUCCCACUCCUGGCUGGAGUCCUGCAUCGUGGGCUGGUGCUCCUCUGUGGGCCAGUGGGUACGGAUGGAGAACGUGACUGUGCUGGGUGAGGAUGUGAUCGUGAAUGACGAGCUGUACCUCAACGGGGCCAACGUACUGCCUCACAAAUCCAUCACGGAGUCUGUUCCAGAACCACGGAUCAUUAUGUAGCAUGGAGGACAACACCCAGAAACAUCACCCUACAAAGUGCCCAAAUGUGUGACUCACUAGUCAGAGAGGGUGAGGUGGCUGCUGGUGGUUAUUGGUUGAUUGAUAAAGGUUACUGGUUAUUGGUUGAUUGAUGGAAGGAAACUGACUGAGCUGUGGACUGUAGAAGAGAUGAAAUUGUCAAGAGAUAUGCAUCAUAGUGGAGACUAAGUAGCACUAAUCCAAUGGAAAGGAUUCAAUUCUAUUCAUAAUAUAGGAGUUGGAUUGCUUUUUUUUUGGAGCUCCACACACUCAUGAAGGAGUUUUAGGCAUAAGGUCAGAUAUCACAUUGCCUUAAGACAGGUUGGGCGAAGGGUUACUUUUAUUAUGCAUAUAUUUUCUGUCUUACUCUGUCUCUUUCUUUUGUAAGCUCUAAAAUCAGCUGAUGCAUCUCUAUGUCUUCUGUGUGAUGGGUUUUAUGUUAGAAAUACAGGCUGGGUUAGAGUUGUUGCUUUGAUUUUUUUCCCCCCAUUAUUUUCAAACCCAGCAUUAUAACAGUUUUUCCAUUCAUUUAGGUGAGGAGCUGCUCAGCUACAAGUGCCAUUAAUUACAAAGGUUGUGUUAUUUUACCAGUUUAAAAGAUCAAGCAAAAAAAGACCAUUCCCAAACAGUAAGAAAAAUGAUGAUGCAUCUUUAUCAUUUCUAAUAGCACAAGAUUCAGGUCUCAACCCAUGUUGAGUCCCCAUAAGGAGGCUCAGUGGUGCAUCUAUCUGUAUGGUGCUCAGAAUAUCCUUCUUGCUCCAAAUGUGCACUUGUCUGAUAAGUUGUAAUGUCUGGGCAUUUUAUGUUAUGGUUGCUUUCUAUGUUUGAAUUGUAUUUAAUCUCCAUGUUGUUGUUUUGAUACAUUCAAAGCAAGGGAAACACAUUUAGUCAAUGGUAGUUACCCCCCCCCC